UAGGGUAACUUCUGAAAAAGAAAAUAAAACAUUCUUCUUUGUACAAACGAAUAGUUAAAUUCCUUUGCCAAACACACACAGGAGGGGUUUACUGCUACAACCUUAAAUGGUCUGGUUUGACCUGUGCAGCAUAUAGGGGUUAAUUUUAACAAUCUUAAGAGUGUUAGGAUAGGCUAUAUAUAAUAGCUUAUUGGACUAUUAUUUUUACCUCGCUGACAAAUUGAUAUGUAAGCAGCAUUUUAAUGUUCGAGAUAGAGACACAUUUAAGUACGUAAUACACCUUUGGGCAAUUUAUCUAUAAGAAUGUGUGCUAUUUCAUACAAAUAGAGAGAUAUUUCCUACUCUUUAUUCAGGCGAUGAAUUGGCGUUUGUUUUGAAGUCCGCACCAAUUUCCGGUAUUGUUUCACCUUACAGUGUGUAAUUUGGCGCAACUGGACCUGCAGCCCUGCAAGGAGUCUCCCUCCCUGCCAUCCCUCCCUCUCUGUCUCUGGGUCUCUCCCCAAUUCAAAGCCUGCACCUCUCGCCCAGGUGUGACAUUUUUGUACUGCCUUAUUGGAAUCGCAACCCCAGGAGAAGAUGACGGACUCCACACCGCCAGACUCCACCGCCGUCCCGGACCCGGCCGUAGUAGGGGAACACACGGCUGCGAACGGGCAGUGCGAGCAGGCAGACUCCCAGCAGCAGCAGCAGCAGCAGCCCAACACAGAAAGUCAGGGAGAGGGUUUCAAGAUGGACCAAGAGAUGAAGAUAACAGAGAGCAUAGAGGACCGAGGUCUUCUGGAAAGCAGUAUGCGUCUGAAGCCGCAUGAAGCACAGAGUUACCGCAAGAAAGCUCUAUGGGUGUCCUGGGUGUCCAUAGCGGUGACCAUAGUCCUGGCCAUCACCGCUUUCACUGUUUCCAUCAUGCGCCACAGUGCUUCAGCUUUUGGAUUUGCUUUCGAUGCCAUGCUGGAUGUGUUGUCCUCUGUAAUUGUAUUGUGGCGGUACAGCAACGCAGCAGCUGUCCACUCAGCGCACCGCGAAUACAUAGCCUGUGUUAUCCUAGGUGUGAUUUUCAUACUGUCCUCCUUGUGCAUUAUGGGUAAGGCCAUCCACGACCUGGCCACCAAGCUGCUGCCUGAAGUGGAUGCAUUCCUGUUCAGUGUAUCCAUCGUCAGUGGCUUGGUGUGCAUCUUCCUGGCUGUGAUCAAGUUUAUGCUUGGCAAAGUGCUCACAAGCAAAGUCCUCAUCACUGAUGGAUUCAACUCACUAGUGGGGGGAAUUAUGGGGUUCUCCAUCCUCAUCAGUGCUGAAGUGUUCAAGCAUGAACCCAAGGUGUGGUACCUGGAUGGGACAAUAGGCAUCCUGAUAGGUCUUAUCAUCCUCGCCUAUGGAGUCAAGCUGCUGCUGGACAUGGUCCCACGGGUCCGACAAACCAGGAACUACGAGCGUUUUGAGUGACGGACCACAGAGUAAAAGAAAGAGGGCGAAGAGGAAGGUUUGGGAGCGGGUUGGCUGACUGAUUGACAGGAGAAGGAUGGGGAUUACUGUCCCUACAGUCUCUCCACAGACAAUCACAUUCAGUGCCAGUGGAGACGUCUGUGUCUAUAUAGUCCUUCCAUUCAAAGAUUUGAACUGAGCAUCCAGGCUGAUAUUGAGUGAGGGCGAAUCAAAUUCUUGGCCCCUUUUAAGUGUUUUACAAUUUGGUGUACAUAUAAUACCUUUAUCUGUCUUUUAACAGUGUAUGGGGCAGUCUGUUCUUUCAUGCCUCCACAUUUAAACAAGAUUGAGGAAGUUAACUGUGAAAGGGAGUUAAACCUGCUUAAAAAUAAAGGUUGACUCAGUGACAGAAGAGACAGCAAUGACCAAAUAGUACAGAGACAUGCUUGUACUGCAGCGUACAGGAGACUUAUGGAACCUGAGAGACAGAUUUUUGCACAGCAAGUUGAUGUACAAUACCUCAGUUACACCUCAUUGCCCUGUCAAAACACAGCAGUUUAUUUUUCCCAUGGUUCCUAGAGGCCUUUACUCAGCUGUGCUAUAAAAGGUUGCAGUGUGGCAGAUCAAACUGAUUGAUGUAGCUGAUGUAGCAGUGGAGUAUUAAUGGUGUUUUACCUUCAUAUGACUUGAGAGGAUAUAUCAAUACAAGGCCCAUUUGCCAUAGGGAGCAGGUAUAUAAGCAAACACACAAACACACACACACAGCCAUGUGUUACUAUCUUUGUGGGUACCCUUACCCAAACCUUAACCAUCACAACUACAUGCCAAACCUUAACCCUUGCCCUAACUUUAAUCUAAUUCUAACCUGAACCCUCAAAUCAAGUCAUAACUGUCAAACAGACCUUUAAACUUGUGGGGUGCAGCAUUUUGGUUCCCACAAAGCUGUCAGACUCCACAAGUAUAGUGGAAUCCUGGUUUUUGGACCCCACAAAUAAAUUAAAACAAGCCUGCACACAUUUUUGUUCUUCUAUGCCCAUGGGGACAUCUCAUUGAAAUAAUGCAUUCCCUACCCUCUUACCCUAACCUUAACCAUCAUAACUACAUGCCUAACCCUAGCAUUGACCUAAUUUCAACCUGAUCCCUAAAACCAAGUCUUAACCCUCACAAAGUGACACUAGUGACGAAACCCCAUCACUGCAUUCAAGUUAUAGUCCCCAUCGGGAUAAAAACACACACACACACACACACACACACACACGUGAUUUGCUUAUUUAUCUAGACUGUUGUGGCUGGAGCCGGGAAGCCUAGAGUGGACACUGUUUCAGCAACCUCAUGCCAACGCCAGCUUACAGUUCUGGAGGAUAAAAAUCAGCAGUUUUGGCAUUGAGUGACAUAAGAGAGUCCAGACUUGUCUCAGCCUCCAAUUCACUGACAAUGUGACAGAAGGAAAAUGGCAGAAACCAGCUCAGUUUACUUCAGGUUGCCACUUUUGUUUUUAUUGUUGUUGAAGCUAAAAUGACAAACCCAAGAAUAUAAAUUGUACAUUCACAACUUGCGCCAUCUGCUGACCAGAAGAGGUACCUGCCACACAAUUGUGAAUAUACACUCACCUAAAGGAUUAUUAGGAACACCAUACUAAUACUGUGUUUGACCCCCUUUCGCCUUCAGAACUGCCUUAAUUCUACGUGGCAUUGAUUCAACAAGGUGCUGAAAGCAUG